AUGGUCGACAUGUGUAUCAUUCUUGACCCAUUUAACAGAAGAGAUAUUCCUAGUAGGAAAGACCGUAUGGUUGACAUCAACGCAGUGUUGGCUUUCCGGACAGCUGGAUUCGCUUGGUGGCCCGCUCCAUGCGCAACCACACGCCGUCUCUACCAGCUCAUCGGAAAAACAAACAUAACCGAUAUACCCCCGGAAUGGGUAUCCCCUGCCUAUGACGUUCUAGAAAUGGAGGAGAAUGCUCCCAUGAAAUCCAACCAGGAUCCGAAUUUCAAGAAUGCGGAGAUCCGAGGCUCCGAGCCUCAUUAUUCUCAUGAUGACCCGACGGAUGAUCAAGAGGUGAUUUCGGUUCGGAUCAAGGAUGAGAAAAUGAAGACGUUGCGGAGAUUGCAUAUACAUAAAGAUGGGUCGGUUAAGAGGGUGGAUGGUCAGGGUUAG